CGCACGCGGCUCGACAGUCAGCGUCGGCGCGGCUCUGCGCAACCACGGCAGCCACCAUGUCCUCCACAGCGGCCAUCGCCCCGGAACCUGGCACGCCGAAAACGCUGGACGCCAACCGGUAUGCGACGAAGAAGACGAUCGCGCAGGGCAUGCUGGACAUCGCUCUGCUGACUGCCAAUGCCAGCCAGCUGAAGUACGUCCUGCAGGCGGGGAGCAAGCACGAGUUCUACUCGCUCAUGGUCGGGCUCAUCUCCACCUCCAUCGUCCUCCAGGGCGUGAUGGGCGUGCUCUUCCUGUCGCUGAACCUGCUGCGCGACUGCCGCCUGCACCAGCAGAGCUACCGCGCCUCGGCGCUCGUCAUCAACUACGUCGCGCUCGCCCUCUCCGUGGUCGUCACCGCGCUCAACCUGCUCAUCUCCGCCUUUGACCCCAGCCUCGGGCACUUCCUCAAGGGCACCGACCUCGCCUAGCUGCCCGCAGCGGGACACACGUGCACUACCCCGCCACACCGCUGUCGGUCGCAGGUGUUGGUGGGCGUGGUCUUCCUGGUGAUCGGAGGCCUCAACAUCAACAAGGAGAGGGACAGGCGCGCCGCGGACGUCCUCAACGACAUCAGCCUUGUGCUCGUCUUCAUCGUCAGCGUCAUCAACGUCAUCAUCUCCGGUUUCGGCAUGGAGGACUCUUCCCAGUUGUUCGCCGAGGGGAUGGUCUAGCGCUGAAGUAA